UGCAUUCCCUCCCCAUUCAUUGCAAUAGCACUCCUGCAGUGUGUUAAUAUUUGCUGUCUUCGUUUAUGAUCAUUCUGUCGGAUCAUCAGAGACCUACAAGAGAGGAGAGGAGCAGCAGAAAGAGGGCGAGUGAAGAUACAGUCAGUGCAGGUGAACAGCUACAUUCUGCACCACGUGUCGCCAACAUGGAGGAGGACGAACAUAAACAAGACUUUCUCUAUUGUGAAGAGUGUCAGUCAUUUUUCAUCUGUGAAUGUGACGUUCAUGGUGCUCCAUUGUUCAUUCCUGACACCCUUGUGCCUGUGGGGGCUGCAGACCGGGCCAGACUUACCCUUCCUGCUGGACUGGAGGUUCUUACAUCCAACAUUCCCAACGCAGGACUCGGGGUGUUUAACCAGGGUGAUAUUCUUCCAAUUGGAGCACAUUUUGGCCCUUAUGAGGCAGAAGCAAGCAAAAUGGAGGAAGCUGUCAGCAGUGGAUACUCGUUUGUGAUAUACAAGAGAAAGCACUUGAAUGAAUAUAUAGAUGCCAGAAGAGAAACACACUCGAACUGGAUGAGAUAUGUAAAUUGUGCUCGCAGUGAAGUGGAACAAAAUCUGGUGGCAUUUCAGUAUGAAGGAGCGAUUCUGUACCGAUGUUGCCGGCCAAUCAAAACUGGUGAAGAAUUGCUAGUCUGGUAUGGAGAGGAGUAUGCCAGAGAUUUUGACGUCACUUUUGACCAUCUGUGGAACACUAAAUGCUCUGACAGAGAGACCGGAUCAUGUCCAGUGUUUUCCUGCUCUGUGUGUUCAUUGUCAUACACGGCUCAAACUUAUCUCCACAAACAUAUGAGAAGAUGCCAUCAUGAGGAGUGUGACAAACUGCUGAAAUGUGGAGAGAUUGACAGUGAGGACAUGGUACCUAAGACGACCUUGAAAACAGAACAUGUAUCAUCUGAUAAUCUCUGCUCUGCCACCCAGAACGAACUAAAACACAGAGAAGGCAAGGAGAAAACUCACCAUUGUGCAGAUUGUGGGAAGAGUUUCUCUUUGUUAAGUCAUCUUAUUGCACACAAGCGCAUCCACACAGUACCGAAGCUGUAUCACUGCCCACAAUGUGGAAAGAGUUUCUCUUGGCCAAGUCAUUUAAUUGAACACAAGCGCACACACACAGGAGAGAAGCCGUAUCGGUGCACACAGUGUGAUAAGAGUUUCUCUCAGUUAGGUCACCUUAUUACACACAAGCGCACACACACAGGAGAGAAACUGUAUUGUUGCAAACAGUGUGGGAAGAGUUUCUCUCGGUCAAGUGAUCUCAGCGUACACCAGCACAUACACGGAGGAGAAAAGCUGCAUCACUGCACACAGUGUGGGAAGAAUUUUACCAAAUUUGAUAGGCUCCAAAUACAUCAGCGCUUACACACAGGAGAGAAGCCGUAUCACUGCACACAGUGUGGGAAGAGUUUUUCUCGGUUAGGUGAUCUCAGUGUACACCAGCUCAUACACACAGUAUAGAAGCCGUAUCACUGCACACAGUGUGGGAAGAGUUUCUCUCGGUCAAGCCUUCUUACUGCACACCGGCGCAUACACACAGGAGAAAAGCCAUAUCACUGCUUGCAGUGUGGAAAGAGUUUUACCUGGUCUAGUAAUUUAAAAGUACACCAGGCAAUACACACAAGAGAGAAACCAUAUCACUGCUUGCAGUGUGGAAAGAGUUUUACCUGGUCUAGUAAUUUAAAAGUACACCAGGCAAUACACACAAGAGAGAAACCGUAUCACUGCACACAGUGUGAGAAGAGUUUCUCUCUUUUAAGUCAUAUCAGUAGACACCACCGCAUACACACAGAAGAGAAGCUGCAUCAGUGCUCAUGUUGUGGCAGGAGUUUCCUUCGGCCCUACGAUCUCUGCGUGCACCAGCGCACACACACAGGAGAGAAGCCAUAUCGCUGCAAACAGUGUGGGAAGAAUUUCUCUCAGUCAAGUCAUCUUAGUGUACACCAGCAAACACACACAGGAGAGAAGCCGUAUCACUGCACACAGUGUGGGAAGAAUUUCUUUCGGUCCAGCGAUCUCCGUGCACACCAGCGCAUACACACAGGGGAGAAGCCGUAUCACUGCACACAGUGUGAUAAAAGUUUCUCUUACUCUUCCCAUCUCUGUGUACACCAGCGCGGACACACAGGAGAGAAGCCGUACCGCUGCACACAGUGUUGCAAAAGUUUUUCCGAGUUAAGUCAUCUUACUAGACACCAACGAACACACACAAGUGAUAAGCUGUAUCCUUGCUCACAUUGUGAUAAGAGUUUCUCUCUGUCAAGUUAUCUUACUGAACACCAGCGUGUACACACAGGAGAGAAGCCAUUUCACUGCUCACAGUGUGAGAAGAGUUUCUCUCGUUCAAAAGAUUUAUGUGAACACCAGCGCAUACACACAGGAGAGAAGCCGUUUCACUGCCUACAGUGUGGAAAGAGUUUCUCUCAUUCCAAAGGUUUCCGUAUACACCAGCGCACACACACAGGAGAGAAGCCGUAUCACUGCUCACAGUGUGGGAAAAGUUUUGCUCAGUCAAGUCAUCUUAGUAGACACCAGCGCACACACACAGAGGAGAAGCCGUAUCACUGCUCACAGUGUGAGAAGAAUUUCUCUCGGGCAAGUCACCUUAGUAGACACCAGAAAACACACACAGGAGUGAACCUCUAUUACUGUGUACCAUGUGGAAUGAGUUUUAACAGGUUUAUUGGCCUCCAAAGACAUCAGCAGAAACAUUCAGAAGUUGUAUCACUGCUCAAAGAAACUGAUGUCGUCAAUCAGACCAAUCACUCUGCUUCUUUCUAA